AUGGGCUUGUCAGGCUCUUCUCAGACUUCUGGGCAGGAGUCAGAGAUAGGGCCAGCUCUAGAUCUGAGCCCACUGCCUCCUGAGUUGUUACUGCAAAUCCUGCUCCACGUGCCCCCCCGGACGCUGGUGGCACGAUGCCGGGCUGUGUGUCGGCAGUGGCGGGAGCUGGUGGAUGGGCCCGCACUGUGGCGUCUUCGCUGGGCCCAGACCAAGGAUGCUUCAAGCCAGGAUCUGCUUGAAGCUACUCACCACUGCCCUCCUGCUACCAAGCCUUGUUCCUGGGCCCGCCUAGGCAUCCUGGAGCCACUGGGUCGAAACCUGCUCCAAAAUCCCUGUGGGGAAGAAGGGUUCCAGAGCUGGGAGCUGGAACAUGGUGGACAAGGCUGGGCAAUAGAAGAGAAUCGCAAACCAGUGCCUGGGGCACAGGUCCAGACUUGCUUCGUGACUUCCUUUGGGUGGUGCAGAAAGCGACAAGUAGUGGACCUCCUGGCCCAGGGGCUGUGGCCAGAGCUGCUGGAUGACCCCCGGGCAGAGAUCCAUAUCAGUGACUGGUGGGGAGCUCGAGACGACUGUGGCUGCCAAUACCAGCUUCAUGUCCAGCUGGUGGCUGCUAAUCGAAGAACAGUGCUGGCUAGAUUUGAUAUUGAGCCUGAUCCAAUCCCCCAAUGGAAUGGCAAUACCUGCAUCCAGGUCUCCCACAUCUUUACCAACUUCCAAAAGGAUGUUCGCUUCAUUUUUUUUGAACAUGCUGGCAAAGACACACAGUUCUGGGCAGGGCACUAUGGUGCCCGCAUCACUAACUCCAGCGUGAAGGUCUAUUUCAGGACACCUUAACUGACUUGCUCCCCAGAAAAAAGAUCCAUCCCAAAGAAAGGCAGGGUGUCCUGAGUAAGGAAGGGCCAGGGCCUCUACUGGGGAAAGCCAAAACUCACCCCUCCAGUUGUUCCCUAAUUCCCACCGGCUUAGUGCCUAAAGGAAAUCAUCAGAGCCCCCCUCUUCCCCAUUUAUGAACUGGCCUCAACUUCUCUCAAUGUACAAGUGGGAAGGAUGGGGCAAUUCCAAUAGUUGUGCAUCCUGCUUUUUCUCA